AUGGGUAGUUACAAUUUGACGCGGUACAGCGAAGAACUUCUCGAGCGAACAAAAAGGGAACCUCCGUCGCUCACUGUUCAUCUGCAUGGGGACCACUUCAAUCUGAACGCUAGCAAAAAGUGGUCGUACACGCACCCCGUCGCAUGCAUUUUUGACGAUAUUCGCGCUCAUCGAAUACCUGUAGACUUCCUUGAAUUAUUCGACAAAGCCAAUAUUCCAUUCUAUGACGGCUGCAUGAUUGUGGAACUCUUAGACUAUCGAUCCCACAACAAGAAUGAACCCGUCUUGGAGCGACCUGAACAGAAGAGGAUGAUUUUGCAUCCGAACGGAGAAACUCUAUGGGCAGAUAUUUGCUUAUUGAAUGCCACGCAUGGCAAAAAGUGGACGGAUAGAGAUAUUCUGGAAAUUGAGGCACGCAUAUUGCUUGCAACUGCACCACCUCUCUGUCUCGACCCUGAUCCCCACCUUACACGUAUUGCAAACCAUGUCCUUCGAGUUUCUACUCCUACGGAACCUGCAUUGUUGAAACGGAAGGCGGAUGUUGUGGAGCCAGAGGAACGAGAGACGGAAAAGGCAAAGAGAGCAAAGAUCAUGCAGUUUGGAAAUCCGAGGCUCAACCGUCCCUACGCGCCGUCUUAUCGAAUUCUAGAUGCGCUCGACCGAAAGAGCAAGGGAAACAUCGUUAUUGGGCCGCCUCCUGCGCCAAAACCUCAACCAACCAGAUCGCCAUCGCGUGGCCCAUCUCAAACGCCUGCACCUCAAGCAUCUGCACGGCCCUUAACGCCAUCCAGUCAAUCAUCUGCACACCCCUCUCCCGCUCCUGUAACUACUCCAACUCCCUACAAUCUACCUCAUUCGCCUGCACCUCCUCCGGUCGCGACCGUUCCUACACCCCAACCUCCGCAGUCUGGCCCUGCAGACGACACCUCCAAACGUCUUCAAACCAAACCUCCUUUACCUCCCACACAAACCUUCACCAUCCCUAUACAUUCCACUCCCUCUACGUCCGCCCUCCCAGUCGGGGCUACUACAAACGUCAAUGCAAUACGGACUGGUGCUCAAACACCGGUUCCUGUCCCAUUUGUGAUUGCUACCGGUCCACCCGCCACGCCCUACCAACACCUUAUGCCAACACAACGUCCAAAUCAAGCCUUUCGUAGGAGCGUCAGUCCUACUAAACCUCAACUGCGUGCCUCUCCUUCACCGGCGCCGAGUCUCAAUUCACAACAGCAGGCACCAGUGCAAGCUACAGCUCAAGCACACCUAUAUCCAAGUGUCCAGGCCGCUACGGCAGCGGCAGCUGGUCACUCACCCCCUUCCAACGUCACCAGUUCACCCGCAAAUGAGCAGUCCCCCACACAGGGAACAGAGCUUGCCAAGAGGGCAGCGACACCUGUGGGUGUCAUUGGGGCAACGCUUUCUCCGGGGCAACAGCAGCGUUAUUCACAGAGUCCACGCGUGAUGCCUGCUGUAAUGCGACAGUCUUCUCCACAGGCUCAAGUACAUCCGGGUCGUAGCGCUACACCAGCAGCCUCUCAGCAGCCUCUUUCCGGCCACCAGCAAUCCCCACCUUCUCAGCAUCGAACAGGUCCUGUUUCGCAGCAUCAAACUAUGUCACAACAGAAUGGAUAUCAAGCACAAUACACUUUGCAGAGGAAUAAUAUGGCGCAACCAACCCCAACCGCGGCUAGCUCUCAAGUACAGCAACAACAACAGUCGGGGGCGACGACUUCUGCCAUCACAGGAGGUACUCCAGCCUUCAUGGUUAACCCUGCCUCUUCCCAAGUGCCUGCAGCGCAACCUAAUCCAGGUCAGAACCCGCCCAUUCAGGCUCUUCAAGUCCAACCAGGUCAACAGUUGACCCCACAACAGCAGCAGCAGAUGAUGCAACUUAAGCAUAAUUACCGGAUGAGGAUGUUGCACGCGCAACAUCAGCAAAGGGUAGGGACGCCAGCGAACCAAGGGAUGAUGAGGGGUACCCCAGUGCAGCUCCAGCAGAUACAACAACAGCACCAACAGCAGCACCAACAGCAGAUGCAGCAGAUGCAACAACAUGCCAGUCCGCGACCAACUACAUCGCAAUCUGUCGUCUCAUCACCGAUUGUUUCGGCUGCACAGAGCCAGGCUCAAAGUCAAAGGACUGUAACGCCAGCCCCCGGUACGAUUCCUAAUACUAGUGCUAUGGGCCCUGGAAGUGUCCGCAGGGGUAGUCCAAUGUUGGUUAACAAUCAACGAAUGACAGCCGCAUCCCCUAUGCCUGUCAAUGCACAACCUAUGAAUCCGAACGUUAAUCCCAAUCCAGGGGUAAAUUCUCCCAGAAUGAAUCCACAGCAGGCGGGUGGUGGUCAUCCAAACCCGGUUACCGUUCCUGGAGGCAUCAACUUUAAUCCUGCCAACUUCGCUCAUUAUCAAGCCCAAUUAGUGGCACAGAUGAGACAGCAGGCCACGGCUACGCCAGCGCCAGGAGCUGGGCUCAAGUCUGACGGACAGAAUCCUGGGACACCUCAGCGACCUCAGCAGCCACAACAGAAUCAACCACCUGUUGGAAUGCCGCAGCAGUCAUCUCAGAAUCCUAAUCAGAAUCAGACACAGACUCCGGGAAUGCAGCAACAGCAGCAUGCUUACCCUAUGUUCUACGCUACUGCUGGACAGCCGAUGGGCCAAGGUUACUGGCCCGGAGUGGUGUCUCAACAUGGAGGUGUGAAUCCUGCUAUACAAAAUAUGGGGCAAAAUGGACAGGCUACUCCGCAACAACAGAUGCAGUUUUAUCAAUACAUGAUGGGGAGAGGAAGAGGGUUCCAACACCAACAACAAGGACGGGGAGGUGGUCCCGGGAAUAUACCUGGACGAUAG